GAUAAGCGUUUGAAAACAUUAAGCUUAUAUUGUGAAUAUGUUAACUGCUUAACAAUUUUAAAAUGUCUUUUUCUUUGAGAUGUUUGUGCCUUCCUGCACUUCCUCCACGCUCACUGAACUGAGGAAUGAAGCCAGGCAAAAUGAAAGGCAGUUCUUGAGGUGCUUCGUGCCCACCGAGCCAUCAGUGCUGGGAGCCGGCAGUGAGCAUCCAUCCAUCCCCAGCCCUGCUGCUGGCAGAGGGCAGCGGCUCUCACCCCGCUCCUGCAGCUGGGUGCUGCUCAGUGGGAGGAGUGCUCGUCUCUCCAGGGAAAUAGCUUUUGCACAUAGAUCCAGCCUUCCUGGAUAGGCAAGUGGGAAAAGAAGUUGUCCUCGAUGUUCUGAAGAGCUCUAAACCUCUUGUGGCCAAUAUAUCAGCGGAGUUGGAGACAGAUCCAGAAGGUAGUAGGCUGAAAAAGCAAUGGUCUUCUCCUGUCAUCAAAAUCUAUGAGGUCUGCUCCAGCGAGCGGCUGGGUGGGCACAUCUGCCUGCUGGAUUACCACUGCAGGGGUCUCACGUUGGCUGCUCCCUUACGGUCAGCUUCUGUGGUAAACCUCCGCUCAUCCCACAGCACCUCAUCUGCUGCAGGCUGCCUCCAUUGGCCAUGAGUGAUGACUGGUGAGUCGUCACUGAUGGGUUGACCCAUCAUGUGAUAGGUUUCUUUGCUGCCCCUUCCAUUCUGUUUUGAAUUUUUUAUGGCCCAUAUCAUGAUAGUGAUGCAAAGAGAAAGAUGUUUCUCCGGUGUUGGCAGCUGUCUUCCAACAGCUGGAGCCGGCACUCUGGGUAUGGAGUGGAUGUGGAGCAUUGCUGCUGGCUGUGUGAGCGGGCAUGUGGCACUGCUGCACAGCUCAGGGCUGUUACUGCUGCCUGCGGCAGAGCCCCUGAGCUGCCCCACUAGCUGGUGUAGCAGAUAAGCAGGCCUGGAAGAGGAAUUCUGAGCGAAACGGAACCCCUAUGAACUUUGUAACUGGCUCCAUCCAUCCCAUCCUAUCACUUGUUGGUGGUGCUGGCUGCACAGCAGCACUGUGAAUUCGGCAGGUGCUGCUUGUGCUGGAGCUAUUCUGGCUGGGUCACUGUGCUGUACCCAGGGCAGCCCACAGCAGAGGGGGGAACUUCUCUGCCUCUUGCUGGUCCUGUACAAACUUGGGGCACCUUCCUGGUGCUGUGCAGCCACACAGAUCGCGCCUCCGCAUGACUCAUCAACGUCUGCAUCACAUGCAAACGAGGAUAAAGCAUCAGCAGUGUGCUGAGUUCUGGCAAUUGGAGGAGUUCCACUGAGUGAUGGUUGGAGUGAACUCGUCGAGGGAGCAGCCCCAGCAUGGCUGUGAAUGGCACAGACGUCUGCCAGGAGGUGGGAAGAGCCCUGCAGAAGGGUUACCUCUCCACCAUGUAUAGCCUGGAGUUCGCUUUGGGUGCCAUUGGGAACAGCGUUGUUGUGCUUGGUUAUAUCUUCUGCCUGAAGGAGUGGAAAAGUGGCAAUAUUUACCUGUUCAACUUGUCACUGUCAGAUUUGCUGUUCCUGUGCACUUUACCGGUCCUAGUGAGCAGCUACUCCCAAGGCCGAUGGAUAAGUUCGAGCAUCCUGUGCCACAGCAACAGGUUCCUGCUGCACGUCAACCUGUACACCAGCAUCCUCUUCCUUACCGUCAUCAGCAUCGACCGGUACAUGCUCAUGAGAUACCCUUUCAGAGAUCAUGCGCUGCAGAAGAGGAAGACAGCCUUCAUUGUGUGCAUUGCUGUCUGGGUCCUGGUGAUCCUGGAGCUGUUGCCGCUGACCUUCUUCCUGGAGACAGUGUCGCCAGCCAAUAACUUCACAUGCCUCGACUACGCGAGUUCUGGGGACCCAGGGAAAAGCCUCAUCUACAGUCUGCUCCUGACGCUUUUUGGGUUCCUCAUCCCCCUUGCCGUAAUGUGCUUCUUCUAUGUGAAGAUGCUGCUUUUCCUGAAGACCUGGAAGGAGAGGAGCAGCUCUGUCCUGGCUCUUGAGAGGCCGCUCACCCUGGUGGUGCUGGCUGUCACCACCUUCUCACUGCUCUUCACCCCAUACCAUGUGAUGCGCAACGUCCGCCUCGCCUCCCGCAUCCCAGCCCUCAACGUGUCCAUGUGCACCCAGAGCGCCAUCAACACUGCCUACAUCGUCACCCGGCCCAUCGCCUUCCUCAACAGUGCCAUCAACCCCGUGUUCUACUUCCUCAUGGGGGACAACUUCCGAGAGAUGCUGAUGGCAAAAGUAGUGCAGGUUUUGGGCAGGCUGAAAAGCACGGACAAAUGAACUGCCGGGGAGAGCUCUGGCACUGGAACUGGGGGAAAGCUGUGUGGGAGAGCAUCAGCAGCAUGCACUGCUUUAUUCUUUAGGUAGCUUUGUGCAGGCAACAGAACACACAGGAGCUGAGUGUGUCACUGAAAGUGCCUGUUGCCGAUUUGUUUCCAGCAGGACAGAGGUAGGGUCAGCUGGCAGUGGGCAGCCCGACACCACACCCAGCAUAGGGUAUGCUGUACUCUGUUGAGAUUGCAAAUAAAAUAUCACUGUGACAUUUCUCAGUAGGAAAUGUUGUUGUCAA